AAGGGGAGCCGGAAGUGGCCCGGCACUUCCGGUACAGGAAACUCCUUGCUGCCGCUUUGGCUGGCUUGACAGGCGGUCUUUGCAAGUAGAUCUCUCUCCUUUCGUCUUCCUCGCGUCCGACCCCCGAGCUCUUUUGCCGCUGCCGUCCCGCAACUCCUGUCUCCGAAGGCGCCCCUUCCCCAUGUUCCGGGGCAGGAGUCCUGAAAGCGAAGACCCGCUCGCCGGUACCCCAUCAUGUCCGAACUGACUAAAGAGCUGAUGGAGCUGGUGUGGGGCACCAAGAGCAGCCCCGGUCUCUCUGACACCAUCUUCUGCCGCUGGACGCAAGGGUUUGUGUUUAGUGAAGCAGAGGGAUCUGCAUUAGAGCAGUUUGAAGGUGGCCCCUGUGCUGUUAUUGCACCUGUUCAGGCAUUUCUUUUGAAGAAGCUCCUGUUCUCUUCAGAGAAGUCUUCUUGGAGGGAUUGCCCAGAGGAAGAGCGGAAGGAACUCCUUUGUCAUACCUUAUGUGAUAUUUUAGAAAGUGCUUGUUGUGACAACUCUGGAUCAUACUGCUUGGUUUCCUGGUUAAGAGGAAAGACAGCUGAGGAAACGGCUAGUAUUUCUGGGAGUCGUGCAGAGUCUAGUUGCCAAGUGGAACAUUCUUCUGCCUUGGCUGUCGAAGAGCUUGGCUUUGAGCGAUUUCAUGCAUUAAUUCAAAAAAGAUCAUUCAGAAGUUUAUCAGAAUUAAAAGAUGCUGUCUUGGACCAGUAUUCAAUGUGGGGAAACAGAUUUGGAGUAUUGCUUUUUCUGUAUUCUGUGUUACUGACAAAGGGCAUUGAAAACAUAAAAAAUGAAAUUGAAGAUUCAAAUGAACCUUUGAUAGAUCCUGUAUAUGGACAUGGCAGCCAAAGUUUAAUUAACCUCCUACUGACGGGACAUGCUGUUUCUAAUGUGUGGGAUGGUGAUAGAGAAUGCUCAGGAAUGAAACUUCUUGGUAUACAUGAACAAGCUGCUGUAGGAUUCUUAACAUUAAUGGAAGCUUUAAGAUACUGUAAGGUUGGUUCUUACUUGAAAUCUCCAAAAUUCCCUAUUUGGAUUGUUGGCAGUGAAACUCACCUCACCGUAUUUUUUGCCAAGGACAUGGCUUUAGUUGCUCCCGAGGCUCCUUCAGAACAAGCCAGGAGAGUUUUUCAAACCUAUGAUCCAGAAGAUAAUGGAUUUAUACCUGAUUCACUUCUAGAAGAUGUGAUGAAAGCAUUGGACCUUGUUUCAGAUCCUGAAUAUAUAAAUCUCAUGAAGAAUAAAUUAGAUCCAGAAGGAUUAGGGAUCAUAUUAUUGGGUCCAUUCCUUCAAGAAUUUUUUCCUGAUCAGAUAGAAGACGAAGAAAGCACAGUUAUGAUGUCACUGUUAUUCAUAGAUGGUAUGUAUCUUUUGGAAACUUUUUAAAUACAUUUAAAUAAAUAGAGAAGGUAAAGGAGUACAUAUGUUGGGGAAACGCCUAAGUUCCAGGAGCAUUUUAGUUGAGUAAAAGAAGACCCUUUGAGAGGAGCUGUGCUAUUUCAUAUUAGGACUUGUCUUCCACUGGGUCUUGAGAGGAGCUAGUCUCAAUACUCCUGAGUUAUGACUACAUCAUUGACAAAGCCCAUUCUGUAGCCUACGCCUGUCUUUUCUUCGUGUUUCCUAUCUCAGUGAAGGAUUUUACUGCUAAACCAGAUGCUAAAUUUAGGCCAGAUAUAGUGGGAUCGUUUCAUCAGAUACCAUUGUGGUUUAUGUUAAAGAUCAUUGUUUCAAUAGAAAUGCCAGUUUCUAUUUCACCUCCCUUAUAAAGGACAUGUACUGCCAAGCUUAAAAUGAUGGAGGGAAAAUGUCAAGAUAUAAGUGUUAAUUUGAUGUUUCAGGUUUAAAUUAUCUUUAACAGAGUAGACAUUAUUGACAUUCAGUCUUGGUAAUUAAAAGAGAACCCAUAUUUUCUGAAUCUGGAUCUGCUAUGGUUAAUGUGAGGAAAGAAAGUGAGGUGAAAUUCAAAAAGUCAGUAUAUCACAGGAUAGCAAGACUUCUUUAAAUUUUGGUAAAUGCUUCAUGGAAAAAAAAAAUACUCUUUUCUGACAUUAUUAAAAUGACUACUGGAUUGUGGUAUCCUCUCUGUUUUAGAUAUCUUAAUGUUCAGUAAAUGAUAGCAUUAACUUUAUAGCAUUAAAUUAAAAACUAUUGCCCUAAAUUUGUGCGCAGAUUUUGAAAAGUGCUUGGGAAAUAUAAACAAAGUGGGAUAGUUACCAACUCUUUUCAGAUGUGAUUUAUUACAUAGUAGUAUUUGUAAAUAUUCUAAGAACUUAGUAGUUCAAGAAAUCAAAUUUUUAAUUGUAGUAUUCCUUGAGGUAAUUUAAAUCCCCUGGUUCUUUCAAAGUGUAAUCUCCAAAAGCUUAUUAGAAAUGCAAGUCCUCAGGUCCCUUCUCCAGGUGCCAGAGUUUGAGACCUGCUGCUUCUGAGGAAGACUGGUCACACUCCCACCUACUCUCACUCUUCUGAACUUUCUGUGGCGCAUCUCUUCUGACCACCACC